AUGGCUUUCAGAUCCCCAGAUUUUUGGGUAGCCCUACUCACUACUGUUUCGUCACUCGGGCAAGCUCUUCAAAUUACUGGCACUACCGCAUAUCUCAAUGGAGUUCCUUAUUGGAUUCCGCCAGAUGCAGUCGGGUCUCUUCAAAGCAAUUUUGCGAUUUCAUUCUUCGAAUCGAACAGGCUUGCUUUGAAUGGUUUUAUGCCAAUGACCGUGAUAUCGCCUGGUCCUGGUGUCUAUUCGGAUGCUUCUCUCGAGCGUGAACUAUCCUACUUUGUGGAAAACGAUGAUGUUUGGAGCGAAGGCUUUGCCAAACUGGUUUAUCUUGAAGCGACUAACCAGAGCCGUGAAAAUCUUGGGGCCGAUUCCAUGCAAAUUCGGGGCAACAAAACUAUCUUGUUUGCUCCAGAGAAGACGAAUGAGGCUAUUCCUCGGGGCCCUUACUUCCUGUCGUCUCAAGGUAGCAUUCAUCAAGCUUACCGGCUUUACUCUGAUCACCAAGAAGCUUUCACUGAAUCUACGUACACCAAUCCUUCCGGAGCGCAUUCUGUUCUUCCUGCGCAUAUAACAGGUAAUGGUAUUACAAUAGCUGUUCCGUCUAGACUUUACUACACGCGGACACCGACUACCCCACUUGCUGGCAUGCGUGUUGGUAUCAAAGACAUUUUUGACGUAACUGGCAUAAAAACUGGUAACGGCAACAGAGCAUGGUACAACCUAUAUCCUCCAGCCAAUGCAACAGCACCCCUAGUACAGCGGUUGCUGGAUGCGGGCGCUAUCAUUGUAGGCAAGCAAAAGACUGCCCAGUUUGCCAACGGAGAGUACUCAACUUCAGAUUGGGUCGAUUAUCACUCACCUUUCAAUCCACGCGGAGAUGGCUACCAGGAUCCCAGCUUUUCUUCCGCGGGAGCCGGUGCUAGCGUUGCAUCGUAUGACUGGUUGGAUUUUGCUUUGGGAUCAGAUACAGGCGGUAGCAUUCGCGGCCCUGCUCGAUCCAGCGGCCUUUACGGAUUGAGGCCAUCACACGGCGCCGCACCCUUACAACUUGCACUCGCACUUGCUCCUGAAUUAGACACCGCUGGGCUCAUUGCAAGGGAUCCAUUGCUUCUCCAAUAUGCAGCUGCUGAAACAUACGGGCUAUCCCGUAACAACUUUCAGGAUUUUCUCCCAACUCAAUUGCUGGUCGAACCGUUUCCAGCCGGAUUAUCAAAUGAGACAAUCACGAUUAUCAAUCUGUUUCUCGAUGCGAUGAAGAAUGUUCUUGGCAUCGAGAAGACGGACUGGUUCAACGUAACAACCGCCUGGCAGCAGUCUCGGCCCCAGUCCGCACCAAUGGAUAUACAAUCAUUGCUAGGAAAUGUUUACGCAACGAUUAUUAGCCAACGUCAAACAGAACUAGUCCGCGACCCCUUCUACGCCAAGUACGCAUCCAUGCAUGACGGAAGGCUGCCCGCUGUAAACCCAGUUCCAUUAGCGCGAUGGGCUUUUGGGGAUGCACAACCAUCGACGGCAUUGGCUGAUGCGCUCACGAACAAAACUGUAUUCAUGGACUGGUUCCAAAACCAUGUGCUCAAGGAAGAUCGCCGCAGCUGCACAUCGGCGGUGCUGGCCUACAUUAAUGCGCCAAUCGUUCAAUACAGAAGCACCUACAGAAGCCCACCACAAGCGCCCUCGGGGUUCACGAACCAGUACUUUAGCGUCAUGGCAGAGGUACCCGACAUAACUAUUCCAAUUGGUCAGAUGUCUUACCAUUCUACAACAACAAACCACACAGAGCAAUUACCUGUGUCGAUAAACUUGAUGGUUGCCAAAGGAUGUGAUGCUACUUUAUUGAAUUUAGUCACGAAGCUUUAUCAUGCAGGUGUGCUAAAGGCUUCAGAAGUUGGAGCAAGUCUUGUCGAUGGUGGGGAGAUACUGCAGAAAAAGUAG